GGUAGGGCAGGGCUUCUCAAUAGCUUGCCUCUCUCUCUCUCUUCCCCAAGCUCAGACAACAUUCCACCAUUUGUAAGAAGCCAGGUGUGUGUGCCGAACCUGCCGAAGUUUGUGUUUUCUGUGUGUGGUGUUACGUUUGUGCCUUUUGCAAAAGUGCUACUGCCGAGUUUGCCUCGUGUCGAAUUAAAUCUGCUCAAUAUUUUCGUGUGUGUGAAUUCAAUUGCAUCGGAUACUAGUGUAUCAACUGAAUUGUUUCAAGUGUUCUUCGAAAGGCUGGUGGUGUCUGGUUUUUCUGUGACUUGGACGUGCCGCGUUAUUUAAAAAUUCGCCAAUUGUUUUGGUCCGGCUGCUGUAACGACUAUCAAUUUCUUCUCUUAUCGGACCAGAGAGAGACACCACCGUGUCAUGCGGCUGGCGUCGAUAAUGCCGAACGUCCGUUGUUGUUGUUGUUCCGCCGCCUGCGCGGAUGUGGUUUGUUGUCGAAUCCCGCCCAACCGGGUCGUGGUUUGAAUGCUGCAAUAAUCUAACGCCCGCCCGCUCGUCACUAGUGUGAGCUGUGUGUGUGUGUGUGUUGUUUUCGCUGGUCCCAUCAGUUCAUCAGCGUUGCAACUAGAGCAAACAUUGCUCGUUUCGUGUGUGCUCCUGGCCGAUUUUCGUGAGUGUGUGUGUGUCGGGAGUGGUGGGGUUGGCCCAACUGUGGACGGUCUUUUCUCAAUGGAAACGUUGAGUGCCAAGAUGAAGAAAACUUCGCUGAUGCCUCGCUGGUGGAAGAAGCGAUUCACGGCCGUCAUCACCGAAUCGGAUCCUUCGUUCAAAGUUGUCUAUUUAGGCAACGUCCUCACCGGAUGGGCUAAAGGUGAAGGAUGCCUCGAUAAACCGUUGGCAACUUUAUGGAAGAACUAUUGCCAGAGUAGCCGGCCCGAUGUGUCCAUGAGACUCUCCGUUUGCAGCUCUGGUCUUCAGGCAACAACGUCUGAGCAUGGGCUGACGGAAUAUUGGUCUCACCGCGUGACGUGGUGCUCGGCUCCGCCUUCCUACCCGCGCAUCUUUGCCUGGGUCUACCGUCAUGAAGGACGCCGUCUCAAACAAGAGUUGCGGUGUCACGCUGUGCUGUGCACGACGGGUCGACAAGCUCGACAGCUGACGGCCCGGCUGGAGCAGCGACUCCGCGAGGCUUUGCACGAUUUCCGACGAGAGAAACUGUGCCGACAAUCGGCCCGUCUUUCAGUGGCCGCCUGUCUCUACGAUGACUAUUCCAGCGCCAUUCCAAAGCGAAAACUUUUACUAGCGCCCGGAAUCAACAACUACAAACCUCCGGUGGAACGGUGUAAAUCUGCACCCAAAUUAGGCUCGAUCGAGGAAUCGCCGGAAUUGGAAGAAGUGGAAGAAAAGGAUUGGCUCCGCGUUUUGGCCCUGCGCGGAACCCAAUCGGCACCGACGCUCCAGCGCAACAACACAGUCAUCCAAUCCGUUUCGCCCACCCGCAGUUCGUUGGAAACGGUCAGAGAGGAGGAACGCUUUAUCUCUACACCUUCCCUGCCCGCCAAGAUGAUGACAGAGUCCGAUCCUUCGCCGGAUGCCGUCUCACCCGACGGACUUUUGGAUUUGGCGGAGGUAAAGGUGACUCUGAUGCCCGAUGGAGGCACUUCCUGUGUCGACGGAGGUCCUUCCAGUCCAGUCCAAUCCAGUGAGUCAUCAUCGUCGUCUUCUUCUUGUCCCGUGGUCAAACCGAUCCGGCUUCCCUUGCUGAGGCGAAUGAGCGCCGAGGCCCGCAAGAAAUUCGGAUCGGCCGAUUGCGUCAUCGACAACGGCGGAAGACCUUCAUCGCCUCCGCCCAUUUUACCGCGUCGAGCCCGUCGCUCGCUCCCCUGCAGAGCCGCCAGCGUCAACGACUACGCGGCCGAGCUCCAACUGCAACAGAAUCGGGCCCUCAUCCGCCGGCAAAGUCAACCAGAAUACGUCGGCGUUGCUCGACGACCCACUUCCGAGUACAUUGAAUCGCGGGACGAGUACUUGUACGACGAGGAGGAGAUCGACUUUCGAUUGCGUCUCGAUUCGGCGGUGGAGGAAUUGUUGGAGAGCGACUCGUUCAGCGGAUCGUCGCCUUGCUCAUCGGCGGAUCACAGCCCCAAUUUGGCCGACAAGGGCCGCCUCAAUCUGGUGCCCAGUCCCUGCGACGACGGUCAAGCCUUUCACAUGCUGGCCAGCGAAGACCACGACAACGUCUCGGACGAGAGCGGCUACUCGGACGACAAGGACGUCAUCUCUUCCUCGUCUUCCGCCUCGGAUGCCAGCACCGUCAAAACGGUCAAAGGCGCUUACACCAUGGCCGAGGAAUUCACGCUCAAUCUUUGAAACGGAGAAGAAGAUGAAACAACAUGUAGGGAUUCCUCCGAAUGUCUGUAACAGUUUUUAACUUUACUUUUUUUUAUUUUUGAAUUAUUAUAUAAUGUGUAUAUCUGCGCCGUCCAGGACUCGAGCAACUCUUUUUCUCCCCUUCUUCUUCGAACUUACGCGGCUUUUCAAUUUUUCGCAAGCCCCUUCCAAACACAUUUUUCCCGUUACGAAACGUUUUUUUUUUUCUUUUCACAUGGUAACUCGUCAUUUAGCGUUCAACACACCCAUUUCUCUCCUUUUGUAUUCAGCUCUCACUCUCACUGGACGACUGGCGACUUUUUUUUAUCGAAAUUUUUCUUUUUCUUUCUCAAAAGAAAAGGAAAUAAUUUAAAUUGAAAAUUAAUAUUUUGCUGGAAGACAAUCAUCAUCCAUCACGUGUGAUUUUUUUUUUUUUAUUGAAAAUGUUGGAGAGCGAAAAAAUUUGAAUCUUUUUUUAAAAAAAUCUUAAGAGAUUUACGGCAGUAAAUCGCAUCGUCAAUUCUCUCGAGUCUUUCCCAUUUUAAUGUUGUUGCUGUUUUGUACAUUCCAUUUUUUGUCCAUAGGGUUUUUCUUCUCCUUCUUCUUCAAAAUCUUGAUUGCUGAUGCUGCUGUAUCAUAAAUAAUACUCUUGUCCAGGAUUUUCCCACGACUUUAUAAAUUUCCCUCACAGGUUCUACACACACACACAUUUUUUCAAUUCUUUUAUUUUUCCUUUCAAAAAGAUUAUUUUUUGAAAGUGAAUUUCAUAUCUGCAGUGCCCCGUCUUUCUCGAUUCGUUUCCCGACAAGCCUUAAAUUUGUUAUUUCGGCAAACGUCUUUUUUUUUAAAUUGCACUUGUCUCUGUAUGUUCGAUACAUAUUAUAAUUUAACGUUUUUCCCAAAAAACACAAAAUAUCCAAGUGACGCGAAAGAAAAAACAAAUUUGAAGGGGAGAAUACAAUGGUGCGUAUAAGGCACAUUUAAAAACAAAA